AUGGCACGUACAACAGGAGCAUACAGUCGUAACCCUUCCUGUCUGACACCCAUUGCCCGUAGUAGGACGAGGGGAGGGUUCGUGAACGCUCGACGCACGCAGUGCUCGCUGUGGCCUGGCUUCCCCCUAUGCGUGAUUGAAGUUGACGGCCUCGCGCGUUAUGGACGCUUCACCUUCGACAUUGCCCAACAUCACCCACAAUACUCGCGCUCGUCGCACACGACUCGCCAGACCGUGCACUCCAUGUCCUCCCCUCAGGGCGGUGCCGAUUCACAAGUUCACGAGGCUACUGGCAACGAGGAUCGCGACAGCGGAGUUCACAGGAGGCAUCAGCGCGAAGUCGUGGACAGGGAAUGCUUUGGAAAGCCCAGGGAAAGUUCAAGUUUCCCUGGGCUUUUCGCGGCACGGGAAAGGCGAGGAGAAUCAAUUGUUCUCCUGAGGAUGUGCCAGGAGAAUCAAAAGUUUCCUGGAGAGGGAAACCAGUUGAACAAAGGGAAUGCCUUUGUUCUGCCCUCAGGAGAACUUUUGAUUCUCCUCGCAUCUUCCUCGCCACGAAACGANGCCUUUCACGAAAACACGCUGAUGCCUCCUGUGGUUGUCUGCGGGGACGGGGACGUCCACGGCAAUCGCCCAACGCCCACGUUGAUCCCUGCAUGCACAUCCUCCCACACUCUGUGCCUAAACAUCGACAUCCUCCGCCUCAUCUUCGAGCACAUCGCGGAUGUAGACCGCCCCGACCCUAGCAGCAAGUCUCACGCGGCGGCAAACUGCUGGAUGAGAAUCGGACACGUCUGCCAACACUGGCGCUCCCUUCUACUGGACAUGCCAAGCCUAUGGGCCCGCGAUCUCUGGCCAAUCAGAGGGCUACACGCAAGGACCCGCGCAUGA